AUGAAUUCCAACCAGCCAGAAAGAACCAAUGGCAAUGCACCGGAUGAACAAGGUGUGGCAUCUGCGAAACAGCGUCAUCGCCCUUUAGUUCAAGGACUCUUCUCCUUGUCUGAGCCACCUAGUGUCAUUUAUGAGGGGUACAAGUUUUUCCAAGCGGACCCAAUUCCCGGCGAAACGGCUUCAUGGACAAAAGUGGAGCGAACACAAAUGAUCAUGAAGCAGGAUGAUUUCUGCUGGAUGGUCCAGGAGCGGGCAAACAAAAUCUCUGCAGCCCAGCAAUACCUAUUGUUAUCGGAAAUUCGCCAGGCGCACGUUAAUCAACUGAUUGCAGAGAAGCGACCCCUUAAUCCCGAGGUGGAGUGGAGUUGCGUCUAUGCCAAGGAGCAUGAGGAGCCCUUUAAAGCUCGCAAUGCACACCGCAAUGACUAUGAAGUUGUCUACAUGCAAAUAAUUCUGAUGCAGCGACCUGUAAACACGAGUACGCAUUGCAGGACGCCGAUGGGGGAUCUCGUGGACCUGGGUGCCCACUUUGGAACUCGGCCUGGCAGGGAGAAGUGGGCUAGUGAUAAGGUAGACCAUGAUCAACGAUGGAGUGUUACGGAUGAGAAAGAGACAACGCAUGAAGAGUCAGUUCACCUCUCCUGGUGCCACCACCUACAUAUUCUAUAA